AUGGUCAGCAACAUGCAAGACGCAGGCGGCAGGCCCCCAAUCAGGGAUGUUGCUCAAGACGUGCUUCUGGUAAGGUACGAGGUACCGCCAAAAAGCUGGCAGCACCUAGCCUCGGGCAAGCUCAAGGUUCUUUCCUUCGUCGCCGCCCAGGAAGAGAAGGGGGAGACCGCGCUUUCCCACGCACGCCAAGUCCUUCUUGCCCUUCUCGAAUGUCCACUCUGGUGGAAACUGCCCGACGUCGUUGAAAAAGAAUUACGAAUAAUGGCCAGAGGCAGUCAAGUGCCGCAAUGCUCUUGUAUGGCACGGGCCAAUCGUGACGAUUCGACUCUGCCUGCUUCACCCGGCCAAUACUCCUCGAUCCGUCUAUUGCGGAAUGUCCCACCAGCAUAG